GGGGGAUGAAUUAAAUAGGCCAUUGUAAUGCGUUUGAAGGUUAGAGCCGUCACCUGCUGCAGCGAGAGCUAUUACAGGUAAUUCUAAUUUCUAGAGUUUACUGAAGCAUUGCUAAUUGUUUUUAUUCAUAUUUGGUACACACACAUGUAAUUUAAAAACUCAGUAAAAUUUCUCGAUUUGAAUUUUUUUUUUAAACAGUUAAAAACAUUACAUUUUGGACGCUGCACGUUUGACAUGAAGGAAUUGAUAUUACAUUUUGUUUAAUGCUAACUUUAUCAUUUGACUGUACGGCGUCCUUUACAGCUACAUAUUAAUUGGAAAAAUAAAUUUAUAUCAAACAAAAAUUGACAUAACCAAAAAUUAGCUUUUAAUUUGUGAGUUUAAAAUCAUUUAAUACUUACCACAUAUGCCCCUCUUUUUCUGGCCUUUGUACGUAGUGUAAAGAAAUAACUUUUCAGUUCUUUAAUUACUUACAAAAGUUUUUUUUACUUUUUUAAAAAUUUAAUUUGAAAUUGAUGAAUUUAUAUUUUACCUUAGGUUAACCGUGUGGACUUGCCGGCACAUUUCGAGACCCUUUUCAAAAGAAUAACCAUAAAAUGGCUUAUUACGGUUCCCAAAGAAGGGGUACUGUGGAUUACCUAAAGUACGCUGUACAAAAAAACGAGCUUUGUCCCCCUUACUGGACGAAUAGAGGACAGUUUUGGGCAUCUCAGCCAGUUUUGGUUCCCGUUGAUGAAAGAACAAAAGAAGCCAUCAAAGCCCUCGUGGAAGAAACCUGGAACAGACAUGAAGUGGGAAGAGGUCGCGAUGCUAAAAAUCUGAGUUAUUCCAAACUUGUUGUGAAAAAUGUGGAAAGAGUUGAGAAUCUACAACUGUUUAAGAAAUACGCCACGGCGAGAAGAGAGAUGAUGGAGAGACAGAUUCGCAAAGGUGUAGUCUGCCCUGCUGUCGAAACUAUAUGCAAGUCUAGGGAGCAGGUUGCAACAACUAAUUUACUCUGGGGCCAGAAGGCAUUCAUGAAAGAGGACCUUUACCUUGAGGUCAACGAACACUAUUUGUUCCACGGGACGACGGUGGACAGAAUUGGGGGUCUGACCAGUAUUGGGUUUAAUGUUGGUCAGUCGGACAGCAACAACAUGUUUGGACGAGGCAUUUACCUAGCAGAGAAGACCAAUAAAGCUGAUCAGUAUGCUGGUACGUAUAAAUGGGCUUCGCUUUUUUUCAGUUAGGAGAUGAUAGCUACUUUGAACACUAAAUAUGCUUUCUAGCCAAGAGGUAGCGAGUUUAAAUGGGUUAGGAAUUCCCUCAGCUACAGGCUGAGAAUUCUAUAGGCGCGGCGACGGUAAAGCUUGGUGGGAAACUCCUAUCACACAAGAUUGUUGUUAUCUUACCUCUUAGUUAUAACGCAAAUCUUGCCUCUUAAAGUUAUAACACGAAUCUUACCUCUUACAGAUAUAAAACGAAUCUUACCUCUUACUGUUAUAAAACGAACCUUACCUCUUACAGAUAUAAAACGAAUCUUACCUCUUACAGAUAUAACACGAAUCUUACCUCUUACAGUUAUAAAACGAAUCUUACCUCUUACAGUUCUAACACGAAUCUUACCUCCUACAGUUAUAACACGAAUCUUAACUCUUACAGUUCUAACACGAAUCUUACCUCCUACAGUUAUAACACGAAUCUUAACUCUUACAGUUAUAACACGAAUCUUACCUCCUACAGUUAUAACACGAAUCUUACCUCCUACAGUUAUAACACGAAUCUUACCUCCUACAGUUAUAACACGAAUCUUAAGUUAUAACACGAAUCUUAACUCUUACAGUUAUAACACGAAUCUUACCUCCUACAGUUAUAACACGAAUCUUACCUCCUACAGUUAUAACACGAAUCUUACCUCCUACAGUUAUAACACGAAUCUUACCUCCUACAGUUAUAACACGAAUCUUACCUCCUACAGUUAUAACACGACUCGUACCUCCUACAGUUCUAACACAAAUCUAACCUCUUACACUUACAUUACACGAACUAAAAUAAGGAACUACCAACAAAUGUUUGAUUCUAAUAACGCUUGCGUUUAGAGACACGAUAACUUAGGUCUCUAGGAUUUAAUUUGCUUGAUAAACGAAAUUCUCAAUGAGAACAAUUUUAUGUGAACAAAUGUUUCUUUUUCUCUUAACUUAGACCAAAGGGAUGCCAGGAGUCCUCAUGGACACCGACUCAAGCUCAUCCUCUGUAGAACACUCCUUGGAAAUGUCUGUGCACGCGAGGGUUAGUGGAGACCAAGCUCUUUACGAUAACUAUCUGAGACCAGUCGAUUUACAUUUCUUUAUAACGAUCUGACACCAAUCUAUUUACAUCUUGUUAUAACUAUAUAAGACCAAUAUAUUUACAUCUCUUUAUGACUAUCCGAGACCACUAUAUUUGCCACUUUUUAUAACUAUCUGAGACCAAUCUUUUUACAUCUCUUUAUAACUAUCUGAGACCAAUCUUUUUACAUCUCUUUAUAACUAUCUGAGACCAAUCUUUUUACAUCUCUUUAUAACUAUCUGAGACCAAUCUAUUUACAUCUUUUUUAUAAAUAUCUGAAAACAAUAUAUUUAAAACUCUUUAUAACUAUCUGAGUCCAAUCUAUUUACACCUCUCUAUAACUAUCUGAGACCAAUCUAUUUACACCUCUCUAUAACUAUCUGAGACCAAUCUAUUUACACCUCUCUAUAAUUAUCUGAGACCAAUCUAUUUACACCUCUCUAUAACUAUCUGAGACCAAUCUAUUUACACCUCUCUAUAACUAUCUGAGACCAAUCUAAUUACACCUCUCUAUAACUAUCUGAGACCAAUCUAUUUACACCUCUCUAUAACUAUCUGAGACCAAUCUAUUUACUCCUCUCUAUAACUAUCUGAGGCCAAUCUAUUUACACCUCUCUAUAACUAUCUGAGACCAAUCUAUUUACACCUCUCUAUAACUAUCUGAGACCACUCUAUUUACACCUCUCUAUAACUAUCUGAGACCAAUCUAUUUACACCUCUCUAUAACUAUCUGAGACCAAUCUAUUUACACCUCUCUAUAACUAUCUGAGAAAAAUCUAUUUACACCUCUCUAUAACUAUCUGAGUCCAAUCUAUUUACACCUCUCUAUAACUAUCUGAGACCAAUCUAUUUACACCGAUCUAUUAUUCUCCGACACCACACCAAUCUGUUUAACUUAUCCUAUUGACUAUCUGAUUAUCCGUUCAAACAUGACAUGUUCUGAUUGUUUAUAAUACAAGUUUACAUAUCUUUGAUGACUCUUCUUUCAAAUCUCAAGUGGUUCACAUGACGUUGAUAUUCUAAUCUAUGGGGGGGGGGGGGGGGGGGGGGUGGGGGGAAUCGUAUCACAGUACGACGCAACUGACCUUAGCUACGCCACGGAAUGGAAAAGAAACUAUAGUGAAUUAUACAUUUUAUUUCCGUAUAUUUCCGUUAAGAUAACACGUACAUCCAUUACCACUAGAGAAUGGCAGAUGGGGAAGUGGCAUCGUUGGUGGGAUGAGGUGGGGCAAUGUGAUGUGUUUCAUGAGGUGAAGGGAAUAGAGUAUUGCAUGGAGGGGAAGAUAGAAGUUUACAAGAAGGCAAGAAUGGGGAAAGGUAAAAGUUUAUGAGGCACAGUAAUGGGAAAGCUGUGAUGACCGACGCGCCUUCCAUAGCAUUGGAUUUACUUUCCAUGAGUGCUACACAGUGCUACAUGACAGUGCUACACAGAAAUUGCAUCCUAAUGCAGACCAGAUUAUAUCUAGGCUUUCGUCGCAGUAACUACAUUUUUAAGCAAACGGCACUACGACGAGACUUUAAAAUAAAAAAAAAAGUUUCGGGAGCUUUUCGUAUGUUUGGUUAAUUUUGAUUUUUUUUUUUUUAAAUAUACUUGGGGCGUUUUCAGCACAAAGUUACCGCAUGUAUUUGUGUUAACACCGUAAGGAAUCCAAUAAGAAUAACUGUGAUUGACGUCUACGGUUUCGAUAUGAAUAAACCAACCAGAAUAUUAUCUUUUAGUGUGUUUCGUUGUUAUUAAUUUAAGCAAAUCGCAAGACAAUGUCCUGUAUAUUUAUUUGUGUAAACUUACAUUAGAUAUUGAGUGGAUUUCCUGAUACAAAUUGUGUUUUGAAUGCAAACCCCGACACCUAGUCUUUGGAGCUCGUAACUAUGUUUUCUGAGAGGUGAAAAGGGGGGGGGGGGGGGGGUGUCAGGAUAACCUAGCGUUCUUUUAACCGAACAGGAGUUACGUUGUUUCAUAUACAAUCUACUCCUACUUAAACACGCGUAGUACUUUAUUAUACAACAUUUAGUGCACAGUUUUCAUAAACAGCGUAUCGGGACCAGGUGGUUAAAUAUCAAAAGCGGGUAAGUACUGGACAAUUCAUUUCCGUGACUAUAUAGCGUUGUCCGAAAACGAGCUGCAGGACCUAAGAGUAAACUCCGAAGUCAGUUUGAGUUUGUAGUGCGUGUAUUCUGAUAUGUAUGUGUUAAUACUUGUAUGGUAACUCAACAAGUAUGCGGAUCGCUUUACCUCAGUCUGGUAACCGCCAGACGCAUAUAGGUUUUUACCUGGAUUGUGUGACUAGAUCGGCAUUAUUUUACGUUGUUUGUUAUCCGCAAAUGACAUUGACAUCCGCAUUGCGUACGAUAAUAUAAAAAUAUAGACAUCUUCAGGGCAGAUAGCUAACUAUUCGUAUAAUUGGACGUUCUACUUAACUGUAUGUAUGAAUAUCAUUUUUUUAGAAAGAUUUUGUCAUGUGAGCCAUGAUCAAAUCCAUUCUUUUCUUUUCACCCGUAUUUCAGCGCCUGAGCGUUUGAUGGCCCCUCCUGGGAACUUCGACUCCGUUAUUGUGGACGGACGCUUCAUGUACCGGGAGUUUGUUGUCUACGAUGACAGUCGCCUGUACCCUGAAUACGUCAUCACAUAUUCCAGAGAGUAAACUGUUCUGAAGACUGUUGUUGUUUUUUUUUUUAAUAACAAAGCAUAUCAGAAAUUUGUUCAUAUUUAUGUUAUAGCAAUGAUUCUGGCGGACUUGAUAGAAAGUCAAGAGCUACAAACUAAUUGGCCGACAAUCAAUGUUAAAUAAAUAUAUAGAGAAAGAACGCCUUCAGCCAUGAUAAAAUUGUUCUUAAUGGCAGUAGGAGCUCCAAUGGUUAAAAAAUGAAAUUCUGUCACAAAAGCUUUUGUAUGAUUUUUAAAAAAAAUAUCUUUAAUUUUAAAAUGGAAUCAGAAUGUGUUUAUAUAGUUUUUAAAGAGCAAAUAUCAUUUAAAGAUCACCAAUGAUUUAAAGAUGAUUCAAUAUUAUAAGGUCCUCAAUGUUUUAAAGAUCAUCAAUUAUUUAAAGAUCAUCAAUUAUUUAAAGUUCAUCCAUUAUUUGAAGAUCAUCCAUUAGUUUAGCAUCAUUAAAGAUUUUCAAUUGUCCUUAUCGUUCUUGUUAUUGUGAUAAUGCAUCUUUCAAUUCUUUUAGCUCGGUGCAUAAUUAGACUUGCCACACGUAUCUCUAAGCCAGUGGUUCUUAACCUUUUUGGAGGUACCGAACCCCACCAGUUUCAUAUGCGCAUUUACCGAACCCUUCUUAAUAGGAAAAAUAAAAUAUGAUUUUUUUGUUCUGAUUUUGUGGGGGAUCCCCGCCGAACCCCUAAGACUGACUCACCGAACCCUGGGGUUCAAUCGAACCCAGGUUACGAACCACUACUCUAAGCAAACCAUCUGUGUGACUCCUCGGCAUGUUUGUCUAUGGUUUCAAUCUCAGUUGGGUAGAAAUUGAUGUGUCCCUGUCUACGUCACAUACUCUCGCACACAUUGUUCAUACCAGGACUUUGUUUGUUAUCAAAUUCCAUAGUUAAUGUAACUUAGCUUAAACGUAUGUGUUGAAAGAUUUUUCAAGUUCUAAAUUUGAUACGUUGCAUUGUGUACAAGGCAUUUAAUUGAUGUUAAUUUCAGACCUUGUUCAAUUCGAGGAUUAGAGCACCAUGUUAAGAGUGCAGUCAUUGGCUCUCCCCCCCCCACCCCUGCCACUUCCCAUCGACUCCACACCACCCC